UUUGCACUUUUUUAUUUUGGUAUUUUUAUAGUUUUUUUUUAUUUUUUUACUCUACAAAGCUCAUAUAUAUCAAAAAUGGAAGCACGGCGUGAUUUGUUCUUAUUGAAUUGUGACACCUAUAAUGAUUAUCUGGAUACAUUCAUCACAGAAAAUGAUAUACGAUUUGUACGUAACAUAGGACAGGUUCGACGAUUUGUUACUCUAGGUUAUCGUUCCACUGGAGACAUCUAUACACCACAACAAUUUAAAGAUCGACAAGCUCUCGCAAGGGAGGUGCUAUGGCCACAGAAAAGAUCAUGGAUACUUUAUAGUCAAUUUAAGCUGUCGAAGGAUCCAUUUCUAAGAGCGUUAGCUGCACGUGAGAAACCAAAUGCGCAAAAGAUUAUUUCGACAAUUAUAUUUUUACAAACUCAAACGAAGCCCGGAUUUCAAGUUUCCAGUUAUAUUGAUUACUCAGAUAGAUUGCGGCAGAGUAAUUUGGAAUUGAGUAAUUGCGAUAAUUGGCGUGGUAUAUUUCGUGGAAAGGUUAUGCUAAAGCCGCGUAGAACUGACUUGAGCUUUUAUGAUGAACACAAUAGUAAUAGUUCUUAUACUGAUUCUGAUAAUUAUGUUGUGGUCAAUGAUGUAAAACACGGUUUGAUGUUCAUGCAUAAAGGAGAUCAUAAAAUGAUUUGCGUAGAUACUAGUCAUAAGGAAUAUAAAGAAAAUUGCAUCCGUACUGUAGUAUUUUCAAAGGUGUACGGUUAUACCGCACUCUAUGAUCAUGUUGUCAGGAAGAAAUUGUAAAGUUCAGGGAAGCAUAAAACAAAAUAAAAAAAAUUGUUAUUAUAUAUUAUAUGUAAAAUAUAGCACACA